UAAUGUGACAGGCGUCAGAUUUCAGAGUAAAUGAAUACCUGCCAAAAGUGAAAACUCGAUUUUCAUUGGAUUCUUCUUGAGUUAUUGUUCAUUCAAAAAUGGAAAACUUCGAUAAUUUUGACAAAGAAGUAGAUCCUGCGGCUGAAUUUUUAUCUAGAGAACAAAACGAACUUGCAGGUCUUGAAGACGAAGUUAAACCCGCUGUUCAAUUUAUUUCCCAAGUAAAUGGAGAUGAACCAACCAAUUCUGCCAGCAGUUUUGAAAUUGUCGAGGGAAAUGAACAAGAUGGUUUUGAAAUUUUGAAACAACCUGAUGUGUCACUAGAUCUUCACCCUAAGACAAUAAAUGAAUCAUCGAGAGGAGCUUCUCCCAUUCCUAUCACCAGAGAAGAACCUGAGAAAAUAAGAAAAUGGCGUGAAGAACAAAUAAAGAGACUUGAAGAAAAAGAUGCUGAAGAAGAAAAGAAAAAACAAGAACUGAGAGAAAUUGCGAAAAAGGAACUUGAAGAUUGGUAUAAAAACCAUGAAGAAGCAAUUGCCAAAACUAAAGCAGCUAACAGGGAUGCAGCAAAGAAUGCUGAAAAACAAUUUGUGUCGGAGGAAAAUGAUAUUGAACCAGGUACAGAAUGGGAAAGGAUUGCAAAAUUGUGUGAUUUUAAUCCUAAAGCUAAGCAAGGUAACAAAGAUGUUUCAAGAAUGAGGUCUCUUAUUCUUCAAAUGAAACAAAAUCCAAUUCAGUCAUCAGCUUAAAAUAGUAUUUCAUUUAUUUAUAAACAAAUUAAUUAGUUGGUAUAUGUGACUCGUUUAAAAUUGUCAUUACACUUCCCGUAUUCCAAUCCAGUUAGUAAUUAUUUGAAUCAUAGAAAUCCAAUAAACUCAUUAAGAUAAAUAUAUAUAUAUAAUCAUAUGUUUUAGUUAAUUUAAAAAAUUCAGAAAAUAAAUAUAAUAAUCCAAAAAUAUUCUCAAUUCUGAAAAAUAUAAUGUUAAUAAAAAAUUUAUAUUUGUUAUGUAUAGUAAAAACUUUUUUUUUUGUAUAAUUUGUGUACAAGAAGCAGUUAAUAAAUUUACCAAGAUACUGUCCACGUUAA